AUGCAUGGAGCGCGCCCACCCCUGCUAUUCAGCCAGAGAUGCUGGCUUUCCUGGCCUGGGUCUCCUUAUGAUAAAAUCUUCCUCUCUUCCUUGGCAGGUGGCUCGCUCUGGUGUUACACCUGCCGCACCCAACUCAAAACUGACAACUGCAAAAGAGCGGUAUUCUGCAAAGAAAAGGCAAAAGUGUGCAAAACAGAUGUGAUCAGUCUGAUGGGGUUGCUCCACAUCAUCUCUAAGCAAUGUGCUUCGUCGUGCACCACGUACCACAAGGACAUAGCCAUUCUCAAAAGGAACAUCUCCUGCUGUACCACCGAUCUCUGCAAUGUUGAUGACAUCUCUGCCUCCCCAUCCAACCAUGCCCGCGUGGCAGUGGUGACUUUCACCAGCUUGGUCUGCGUGGUUCUGAGCAGGUUACUCUGAAGGCAAGAUGGCAUUGGUGAGGCAUGCAGUUAAGAGGGAAAAAAAGCAGAAUCUACAUUUCCACCCAAGGCUACAUUUAAAACCACUGAUGAAGACUUCGGUGCAUUGAUCUCUUAUAAAGUAACCAUGGGAUUCAAUUGCUUAUGGUCUGUAAUUAGAGACAUGGAGAGGAUAGGGUAGGGUAGGAUAGGGUAGGGUAG